AUGUGGCAGACGUGGCAUCUUCAAGAAUGCGCGUUUCGUAUUUCCGCUACUUCACAUCAAGGCGCUCAAGUGUGCACAAAAUUCUCUUUUUCAGGCAGUGGUCAAAUUCAGCUAUGGCAAUUUCUGCUUGAGUUGCUCGCCGAUGCAGCCUCGAAUGCUCACUGUAUAGCAUGGGAGGGCGGAAGUGGCGAGUUCAAACUUGUCGAUCCAGAUGAGGUAGCUCGAAAGUGGGGGGAACGCAAAAGCAAACCCAACAUGAACUACGAUAAACUCAGCAGGGCACUUCGAUAUUACUAUGACAAAAAUAUUAUGACCAAGGUUCACGGAAAACGAUAUGCCUAUAAAUUCGACUUCCAAGGGCUUGCACAAGCAUGUCAGAACACUAUGAAUGGAAGUGGCGACAUAUCAAGCGCUGUGCAAUCUUUGAAUCCUUAUCAGAAUAAAAGGUUAGCACAAGCACUAGAUAAAUCUGCUCGUAACUCGAUUCACAGCAAAGCUAGGAAAAAAGAGAUGGUCUACGUCGAUUUCUAG